AUGGAGCUUCACUACCUUGCUAAGAACAAUAGCCAGGCAGAUCUGUGUGAUGUUGUGAACUGGAGUUCAGGAGGGCUUCCUGGUGACCAGGCAGAUUCAGCAGCCAUCAGAGAUGCUCUUUGCUCUCAGAAACACUGUACAUCCACUCCAAGACAAACUGGGAUGGAAGGAUCUAAACUUAACUCUUCUCCAGCAUCCCCCUCCUCCUCUCUGCAAAACAGUGCCAUUCAGCCAAGCUUUUUCCCACCAGGACAUCUUGAUUCAGGAAACAACCAAAUAAUAGCAGAACGGAAGGUCUGCAACUGCUGCAGCCAGGAAUUAGAAACUUCUUUCACUUACGUGGAUGAGAAUAUCAACUUGGAGCAGCGGAACCGAAGGUCUCCUUCUACAAAAGGGAGUAAUCAUCAUGGAGAACUUGGCUGGGUAAAUCCAAGUGAAUGGUCCCAGGAGGCUGCCAUAUCUUUGAUAUCUGAAGAUGAAGAUGAUACAAGUUCAGAAGCCACGUCUUCAGGGAAGUCAGUUGACUAUGGUUUUAUCAGUGCCAUCUUGUUCUUAGUCACUGGCAUAUUGCUGGUGAUUAUUUCUUACAUUGUCCCACGGGAGGUGACGGUGGAUCCCAAUACAGUGGCAGCCCGGGAGAUGGAACGGCUAGAAAAAGAGAGUGCAAAGCUGGGAGCUCACCUGGACCGUUGUGUCAUUGCUGGGCUCUGUCUCCUCACACUUGGAGGGGUUGUUCUGUCUUGUUUGCUAAUGAUGUCUAUGUGGAAAGGUGAGCUCUAUCGUCGAAACAGAUUUGCCUCUUCCAAAGAGUCUGCAAAACUCUAUGGUUCUUUCAACUUCAGGAUGAAAACCAGCACUAAUGAAAAUAGCUUGGAACUGUCCUUGGUAGAGGAAGAUGCUCUUGCUGUACAGAGUUAA